CGAAUUGCCGGCGUGGGGAUAACUGGAGCUUCGGCUUAAGUCAAGUGUAUCGCGUCAAGAUGAAGUAGUGCACACUGUCUCGUUGUCGAGUGCAUACGUUGUCGGGCACGCGAAAUACCGCGCGGUAGAGGCGUGCAAAGAGAGCCGGAAAUCGUCGGCGGCAGGAUAAAUCCGCGCAAUUGGACUUGUGCAAUUUGUUUUCGAGUACCCUCCUCAUUAAAUGAAUUAAGGCAGAAGAUAUGAAACUCUACACUGUUGCUCUUAUCACAUGGGCGGCAUUUAUAACUGUAUCUUCGGAACGUAACAUCGAAAAUGUAAAUAAUGAAAAGGCUGUAGAUUACACGGAGUUUCGUGAUUUGUCGGCGAAACAGCUAGUGCAGCCGUACGUGACGGACGUAGAAGCGAGGAGUUCCGAGCAAACGGAUGCAGACGAAGAUCAUUCUGUCGACUUCGCGAAUGCCGGAUUAAGUAGAUCAGCAGUUCACGCCGACGAGGAGAGAGAACCGAGUGAUGUUUCUACGACCGAUUCCUCCUCGUCAGGAUCGAUUUAUGCGACGCCGCUCACAGCCGCCGAUACAAGUAUCCGUUUAGAAGCAGCCGACGAGUAUCCAUUUAGAGAGUAUCUGAGACACGAGCCAGGGUAUAUCGUACCUGAGGAUGAGUUCCUCGUUGAAAAUGCCGGCAGUUUUGGACAGAAAGUCCGGCACGAUCAACCGCACGACGGAACGAUCAUCAGGACGAUCGUUCGGACUGACGAGGGUCGAAAUGACAACGACUACGAGAGUUUUCAGAAGCCCUUCAGUAGCACUGUGUCACCUCUCGAAAGUAAAGACAGUCGUAGGAGACUUCACCCGUUCCCGGCUACUCGGGAACCAUUCGUGCUCGCUCUGAAGAAGGAAAGUAGUUUGGCAGACGAUUCGCCUCCAGACAAUUCUAACGUGAUAAAAUCAGAAACGCUCGCGCAGAAUUCCGAUGGAAUUUUAAAUAUUAAAAGCACAACGAAAAGCUCUUCGGACAAAACCAACGUCGCUUCGAUCCUCGAAAACGAUGUCGUACCUGAACCUCUUCCGACGCCACAAGCGAGAUUAUUUCGAUCGCGUAACGAUACCGCGAACGAAGGAAGCACGAAGAAGUCUGUGGAAUCUAUCAAAAAAUCCGAGAGCGUUGUGAGAACGUCGACGAUCGUGGAGAUCAAUCCUUCGUUGAACACAAAAUUCUUAAGUCCCAUAGUAGUGCCCGAGUUGCCUAAUAAAGAGACUCGGGAAAUGGUUGACUAUAUGGACGACGAUGCUGAAGCAUACAGACCAAUCGAAAGUAUCAGGAUUAUCUCAGACAGCAAUGUUGAUAAUUCCAAAAUGGCUCCCUCUAGUAUAACGACAUCCUCGAUCAUGCUGAACCCCCUGCAAGUCGGAAUCACGCUGGUGAACGCUGAUGAAGCUGGUUUGGCAGAUGGCAACAAACAAUUUGCCGCGGACAUCGAGGAUUAUCCCCAGGACGAUCUGCAACGUUUAGCAACAGUGGAUAAGGAAUUUAUCAAGAACAAUGGAAAUCAAUCGCGUAUUGAUUAUCAGGAUGACGGUAUUGAACGCGAUGAAACGGAAAAGCACGUUGAAAUCGUCACGCAAAAAGUUCCCGACAAUUCCGUCGAGAUUCAAAAGUCCAUUGAGCUCUAUCAUACCGCGCCGAUACACGAGAUUCAUUAUCCUCCAGAGUAUAUUCAGCAGACUACGAAUCUUGGUGUUAUUGAAACGAACAAUAUUGGAAAUUUGCAGAGAUCGAAGCAGCCAUAUGAUCAAAUCGAACAAUCAGAAUUACGACCGGCUUAUGAUACUUAUCGAGGUAACGACCAAGACGAAAAGAGGGUCAUUAAAGCGCACGCAUCCACACUCUCGCAGAAGUUUAAUCGGCACGAAUAUAAUGCCCUCGAGGACGACGUCGGCAGACCGGUAGCUUCGGCUGUGGGCGCCGAGUACUCAUCGAGUUCCAAUGAGCAAACAUCCCUAGAAUUGCAACCAUUCCAAUACAACAGUAUACAUUCCGCUCUGUUGGCCCCGAAUCAAUUCGACGACACGUUGUACGAUCAAUCCAAUGUGCGACAUAGCUUUAAUGGCAACGAUAACAAUACACCAUCACGCGGAAAACCCAUCGAAAGUUCCACGAGACAAGAGGCAGCAACCGAACCUGUAAAAACAUAUGUAUCAAAUACAUAUCAACAUUCGGUGCAACAACCACAACCGAAUCACGUACCUCAGCCGUACGAUCAUAAACAAUCAUUUCGAUCGCCGGAGAUAAGACGACCGGAAGUUUCGCAACUUCUUCUUAGGAUAAUUCCCGACGGGUCAUUCGCGAACGGAGGCUUCCUGGUGCCGAUCCCACGACCGUAUCCGAUCGAGAUCGAAAAGAAAGUUCCGGUGGAGAAGAAGGUGCAGGUGCAAGUGCCGGUAUCGGUACCGGUGCCGGUAUCGGUGCCACAGCCAUAUCCCAUGCACGUGCAAGUGCCGCUCGAACGUGUGGUGGAGAAGCACAUUCGCGUACCGCACAUCUAUCCGAUCCACAUCGAACGGGUGGUCGAGAAAAGGGUGCCAUAUACGGUUCAGCGAUUAGUAGUACAGCCUCCUUCGCAUCCGUUGCACGUGAGACUACCGGCGGCUUACGCGGCGACACCGAUCGAGCAGCCGGCGCACGCGGCGGUGCCGAUAGAGAAGCCCACGGAGAAGCCCGCGGCUUCCUCGCAUCCUCCUCGGCCGUAUCGUGCGGACGCGGAAAGGCCGAUCGACAACAGCGGUUCGAUCGAGACUAGAUUUACUAAAUAUUAUCAAAAGCCGCACGAACCAGUUUUUGCCGGCGAGACCGCGAAUCUCCACGGUAUUGCCGGCCGCUUGACAUUCGUGCCGCAGCCGCAGAGUGAGACGAACGUGUCGCAGUUUUACAAUCCUUACGGCAGACCGUUGGCAUACGAUUACAAUGUCGAUGUUGGCAAGAAUUAUGUUCCCACGUCACACUAUUCCAACAUUAAACUGAUGAUACUGCCGAAGAAGUUUGGCAGUCAUGUGAUAUUGCGGCCGCAUGCGUCGUCGUAUACGGUACCAUCCUUUGGACGGCAAGUCAUCUAUAAUUUAGUGGAGAAGGAUAAGGUCAAGGAUGAGUACGUGGGUCCUGCGCCACCGCGCAAAAGUUCACAGGGAAAGGUGUUCUCUCAAACGAAAUCGCCGCAGUUUUCCACGAGUGCCGCUCAAUCCUUGGCCGCUCUGAGAAAAUCCAGGCAGCCGGAAACGCAUCACGGAAGUUUCAGGCAAUCGAAGAUGGAGUAUGGUUUUAAGCCGCCCAUGGUACCAUCCAUUCAAUAUGACGAAAAUACCGCCAGUGAAGUAGAGAAUUAAUGUAACGGCUUAGUGAUAGUAAUAGUGAUAUUAAACAGUAUAAGCAUUUAAGAUGCGUUAUAAAAAAUGUUUAAGGAAUCUUUUAUUUUUUUCAAAACUUUCUUAAACAUAUUUUAGACGUUUCUUGGGCUCUUGUGUUAUUUGAUAACAUAUGAAUACUUCAUAACAAUGGACAUGGAUGUAAUUAAAAAAUAGAUAUUAAUGGAUAGAAAGGAAAAAACUAAUUUACAUUCCUUUUUUUA